AUGUGGACCAAGAGAUUAAAGUUAUGGAGGUUUAUGUUGUGCAUUUUGUUCGCCGUGUCUGCGCUCGCGCUCGCGGCGAGAGCUGACGAUGACGACGUACCUUUAGAAUCACAGUGCCGUCCAUACGUCGAGAAAGCUCUAAAAGAGCUUGAAUCUGGGGAUACAGAAACAGAUUCUUCAAAUAAAGACGACUCCAGUGAAGUAAGCGUAGGAGACGAUACAAAAGAAGAAAGUUCAACAGAAGACACUAGGCAACCUGGAGAAGAGAAUAGCAACGAAGACGAUGAUAGCAAAGAGGAUAUUUCAACGUUAGAAGUUGCUGACGAACCGUACGUAUCUCAGGCCUUUGAAAGGGAUGAAGAAGGUCCAGAAAACGAUUCUAAAGAAGAUGUGACGACAGAAGUUGAUGAUAGCGUCGAAGAAGUAGCGGACAAUAGCAUAGAAGAAAAUGGAGACAGUAAGGAAGAAGCAUAUGCUGAUGAACAAAAUGACGAAAUAGAAAGUGGCGAAAAUAUAGAAGAAGCGAUUGAAGACAGAACUGAUGGCGAAAAGAGUGAAGAAAAUAAAUUAGAGGAUUCAGCAGAAGUAAGUGAAGUAAGUGAAGUUGAAAGUAAGGACGCAGACCAAGAUGAAGGCGUCACAACAAGUGAAGAAUUAAGUACAGAAGGGGUAGAAAUAAAUGAAGAAGAUCCAGCAACAAUGGAUUCGAAUGAAGAUAAUCAAGAUGAAAAAAGCGAAACAGGGGAAAGUAAAGAAGAAAAUAAGACAGAUGACAACGACGACGGAUCUCAAGAAAAGGCUGAAUCUGAAGAAAAAGACGAGGAAGACAAAACGGAUAAUGAAUCUCAAAUAGAUGAAGAGACGGAUGGCAAAUCUGAAAUUCAAUCUGAAGAAGAUAAAGAAACAUCGAAGGAAAAGAAAGAUUCAGUUGAAGAAGCAGGAGGGGUAGAUGAUGAAGAAUCAACUGCAAACGAAGUCGGUGACGAUGAAAUUAAAUCUACCGAAACUGGUGAAGAUGAGACAGAAAAUCAAGAAAUUAAUGAGGUAGAUGCAUCUAGUGAAGCUGAUGAAGGUAUUUCACCAGGUACUGUAACAGAAAAAUUGACGGACACCGAUGAAGCGAGUCAACAAGAGGGUACAGAACCAGAAGAAGAAGGUAUGCCCGAGGAAGAAUUAUUAAUGACAGGAGAAAUACCGGAGAAUUUGAGGUCUCGUGAUCACAUUAUCCAAGUUCUGAGACUGGACGAGGAGGCAAAUGAGGCAGAACUAAUCAUAGAAAAGUCUGCCGAUAUUAUUUUGAGAGACUUAAAGAGGCUUUACGAAAAUUCCAUAAAACCAUUAGAAGUACUCUAUAAAUAUAGAGAUUUAAGUAAUAGACACUUUGGUGAUCCAGAAAUAUUUUCUAAGCCUUUAGUAUUAUUUAUGGGGCCUUGGAGCGGAGGAAAAUCAAGUAUUCUUAACUAUCUAACUGGUCUAGAAUUUACGGAGUGGUCUUUGAGAACUGGUGCCGAACCAUCGCCAGCUUAUUUCAAUAUUUUAAUGCAUGGUAAAGAUCCAGAGGUACUUGACGGUACUCAGCUGGCAGCUGAUUGGACGUUCUCGGGGUUACAGAAAUUUGGUCAAGGAUUAGAAGAACGUCUUAGAGGUCUCAAAUACCCUAGCAAGUUAUUAGAAAAGGUAAAUAUUGUAGAAAUUCCUGGAAUAUUGGAAGUAAGAAAACAAGUAUCUCGUGUGUUCCCAUUUAAUGAUGCUUGUCAGUGGUUUAUUGACCGUGCUGAUAUCAUCUUCCUCGUCUACGAUCCAUCUAAACUUGACGUAGGACCAGAAACUGAAGCUAUACUCGAUCAACUAAAAGGCAGAGAAUCGCAGACACGCAUUGUACUGAACAAAGCAGACACCGUGAAGCCGGAAGAGUUGAUGCGCGUUCAAAGCGCGUUGAUUUGGAACAUAUCGCCGCUGAUGAGCUCGGCGCAGCCGCCGGUCAUGUACACGGUGUCGCUGUGGUCGAUGCCGUUCGAGGCGGGCGCGCCGGCGCGCCUGCUGCAGGCCCAGGAGCGCGAGCUGCUGCGCGACCUGCGACAGGCCAUCGACAGGCGCAUCGAGAACAAGAUCGCCAGCGCUAGGAGAUUCGCGGUGCGAGUGAGAAACCACGCGAAAAUGGUCGACUGCUACCUGACGACUUAUUACAACCACAAGACUAUCUUCGGCAACAAGAAAUUAAUCGCUGAUGCUAUUAUUGAAAACCCUCAGAACUACCAUAUUUACGAGGGCUUGAGCACACUUACCAAUAUUUCUAGGUAUGACCUUCCCGAUCCCGAAACCUACAGGGACUUCUUCAGGCUAAAUCCUCUUUACGAGUUCCAGCAGCUGUCCGCCACUUGCACUUAUUUCCGCGGCUGUCCCAUCACGCGGCUCGACGUCGCCAUCGCUUAUGACCUGCCUGAGCUGGUUGGCAAAUACAAGAAGAUGGUGGAGACCGCUACGCCCCAGGGCAUGCCAAAGAGUUGA